AUGCCUCCUCUUGCACUUGCAGCAUAUAUAGGUAACUUUGAUGCCGUACGCUGCUUGUUAGACAAAUGCAGUAACGAUGCAUACAGGCAGGACACAAAUGGAUUCUUUCCGAUACACAUAGCGUCCCGAAACGGCAACAUCAAGAUAGUUCAAGAAUUCCUCAAUCAUUGCCCAGACUUGAAGGAGUUACAUGACAAGCAAGGCCGGAACAUUCUUCAUGUGGCAGCUGCGUAUGGACGAGCUAAGCUGGUUGAAUAUAUGCUUGGAACGACCAAGCUUGAAAUGCUUCUCAACGAAAGAGAUAAUUUCGGAAACACCCCUCUACACGUAGCUGUUCAGAACUGGCAUCCUAGGAUUGUCAAAAUUCUGACCCGGGAUAAGAGAGUUCACCAAAAGAUUCUCAACAAUAAGGGCAUGACAGCAUUUGAUAUUGCAGAGAAGUCCGAGGUGCAUAAAGACAUGCUGUUUCGAUGGAAACUAACUUUGAUGGCCUUGAGAUUAGCUAAUGCUCCCCGAUCUGAGAUACAAAGAGUUGCAAAAGAAAGUGGAGCAAAUGAUUAUGGUGAGAAGACCAAGAAUAAUCCUGAUUAUCUACUAUUCUCAAGAGAAAAUAUGAAUACUCUCCUUAUAGUGUCGACACUGGUGGCUGCUAUAACUUUUGCUGCUGGCUUCACUGUGCCGGGAGGAUAUAAGAACUCUGGAACUGACGAAGGCAUGGCAACCUUGCGUAAUACAGCUCUAUUCCAAAUAUUCCUGAUAUGCAACACCAUUUCAAUGUACAGCUCUAUUACCGUUGCGAUUGCGCUUAUCUGGGCACAGGCAGGUGAUCUUAAAAUGAUUUGUGUUGCUGUGAGGACUAUACUACCCAUGUUAGGCCUAGCUCUUAUAAUGAUGUCCGUGGCAUUCCUAGCUGGUGUUGAUCUCGUAGCGAAUAACCUUACUUGCGGCUACGUUGUCGUGGCCCUGGGCUCGUUUUUCAUCGUCCAAGUAGUUGUGUUCAUUCUUCCGCUCACAAUCCCACUUUCCUCCAAGAAUUGCAUUACACACUUCAUUUUACGUGGUAACCUUCGUUUGCUGAUGAUGGUAACUAGAUAUGAGGUUGAGAGUGGUUGA